CCAAAAAGCAAAUGGGGAAGAACACUAGUGCAAAAGGCAAAGAAAAGAAGGAAGCAGAACAUGAUGAACAAGAUGGAUUUUCUGUUCAUUCUCCUUGUAAUCCUGCCUCUUCUCAUAAGGAGGAACAAUCGCAGGUCGAAUUGGAGAUAAGAUUGUUGGAGGCUCUUGAAAUCUACCCCCUUGCCAAAUUGAGAGGCAUCCAUCGUCAUUUUGUCCUUUUCGGCUUAACAGAGUAUCUGCGUAGAAGCUUGAGAAGGCAAUUUACUCCUGAUGAUGUUUUGAAGCUGCUGGAUCGCUUCUACGACAUAAAUAUGGUGAAACCAGAUGACGGGGAUGCUAAAAUCUUUAAUAAGGAAGAAGUGUUUUGCCUACCGCACAGUUAUUUCUUGAUGGAGGAGCCUUGA